GGUGUCCGACUCCUCGUUUUGCACCGUCCAGACGACGAGCGUGGUGUCGCGGUGACUCCGCUGCGUUGGCACCCCGUGGCUGGCGGGAUGUUGUUUCCGCCAGCACACAAUCUCCCGGGGACGUGAUAUACAGCGCUCAUGUUGCAGCCGGCGCGGGACAGAGGACAGGGUCCGAUAGGCAUCAGCGAUACGCUUAUCCAGGACGCCGGGAAGCGCGAGUCGAAUCAUACUCGAGUGCUCGCCCGCUCCGCCGUCGCUGUCACAUCUCUUGUAACAUGGACGGCAAGCUGGUGCUCGUGGUUGCGCUCCUAUCGCUCCUUGGAGGCGCCAUAGGGGUCCUCAGGAUGCCCCUGCACAAGAUGCAGAGUGCCCGGGCGCACCUGCACGACGCAACCACCCCCCUGACUCGACCGGCGGGGCACGCAACUCGCGGUGGCCCCAUCCCAGAGCCGCUCAAGAACUACUUGGACGCCCAGUACUACGGCGAGAUCACGCUGGGCACUCCCCCACAAAGCUUCCGGGUUGUGUUUGACACUGGAUCAUCCAACUUGUGGGUGCCUUCUGCCAAGUGCCCUUUCACCAACAUUGCCUGCCUGCUGCACCGCAAGUACUACAGCCGCAAGUCGAGCACGUACGUGAAGAACGGAACCCAGUUCGAAAUUCGCUACGGCAGCGGGAGUGUGCGGGGCGAGCUGAGCACGGACACGAUGGGCGUGGGCGACAGCAGCGUGACGGGUCAGACGUUCGCCGAGAUCCUGCACGAGUCCGGCCUGGCCUUCCUGGCGGCCAAGUUCGACGGCAUCCUCGGCCUGGGCUACCCUGAGAUCUCGGUGCUGGGCGUGCCGACCGUCUUCGACACCAUGGUGGCUCAGGGCGUGGCCGCCAAGCCCGUCUUCUCCGUCUUCCUGGACCGCAACGCAAGCGACCCCGCCGGGGGAGAGGUGCUGUUCGGUGGCAUCGACGAAUCCCACUACAUCGGGAACAUCAGCUACGUGCCGGUGUCCAAGCGUGGCUACUGGCAGGUCCACAUGGACGGGACUCGGGUGGGAAAUAACGGCAGCUUCUGCAGCGGCGGCUGCGAAGCUAUCCUUGACACUGGAACUUCUUUGAUCGCGGGUCCCUCGGACGAGAUUGAGAAGCUCAACUUGCUCAUCGGAGCUGCGCCAUUUGCUUCUGGAGAGUACAUCGUGAGCUGCAAGAGCAUCGACAAGCUGCCCAAGAUCACCUUCACCCUCGCGGGCAAGGACUUCGUGCUCGAUGGGAAGGACUACAUCUUGCAGAUGAGCUCUGCAGGAGUGCCCAUCUGCCUCAGCGGCUUCAUCGGCCUGGACGUCCCUGCUCCGUUGGGGCCUCUCUGGAUCCUGGGCGACGUGUUCAUCGGUCGCUAUUACACCAUCUUCGACCGGGGAAACGACCGCGUGGGACUCGCGACCGCUCGCUGAGACGCUGCGAACGCUGAGGACAGCCAGAACCACUUGUGGGGGGCCCCCGAAAUUUACUCGCCGCCUGUCUUUAUCUAAUGCGAUGAUUCACCCAAAUCACAGCGUACUAGAAUCAGGGGGUAGUGUUUGGACCGGCGCGACUCGACAAUCGGAACUUGAGGCUGCGCGUGUGGACAACAAUUGCGGCGCUGUAGUCGACAGGGCAGCAGAAAGUCGCUGCAGUACGCACGUGCGCGUGCACGCGGUGCACGCGCACACAUUACCAUACUGACCCUAUUGCCGAUGCGCCGGUGUCAACACCUAUCGCGAUCUACACCACACGCCUCACGCGAGCCGCUCCGGUCCCAACACUACCCCGUAUUCUGAUAACUCUUUGAAGUUUUUUGAAAUGGCUAUAUUCUAUUCAAGUACACUGUACCCAAAUCCCGGGGCACCAAUUUGCGCGAGAGGAUCCUUGUCUUCACCUCCUUCCGUUUUCUGUUUAUAAAAAGAAAGACGAUUAUUCAAUAAAUAUGUGAAAAGGUGA